AGUCGAUCGCCGUACCAGACAAGAUCAAAACUUCGAGAAACAAACAUUGUAAAAACAAACAUGACCCAAAUGCUGGGUCUCGACCACGAGUAGCAACUUUCCGGCACCAUCAUACUUGUUGCUAUCAACAAAAAUAAACCAUGCUUCGUCGUUCCCUGCCGUCCCUCGGUCCUCCGAAAGCGCCGCGCAACUGCUUCUUCCCCUGGUUCAAUUUUGUGCUGGUUCGUUCCGGCGCCUACCUCGAACCGAACCGGAUAGCGUUUCGGGUGCCGGUGCACAUCACGAAGCCCGAAAUUCGCGAGUACUUGCGGAAGAUUUACAACAUGAAAGUGAUCAAAGUGAACACGUACAUACACAUCCCGAAGAUCAAGCGCAACGCGUUCGGCGACUACAUUAAGCAGGGCGGGAUCUACAAAAAGGCGAUCGUGAACUGCGAAGAGGUGAUCCCCGACGAGGUAAAGAUGUUUGCCAACAGCCGCAAGCCGCGAAUGAACCCCGCGAUAACGAAAUAUGACACGCCGAAGCACAUCGCGCGGAAAAAAUGGUGGUCGAAAAACACGGUGCGACCGGGGGUGAACAGGAGUAGCGACUGGCUCCCGAGGCAUCCCCAGGCAUACGCGGAGGUCAUACCGACGUUGCUCCGCGGCGACGAUUUUCCGCCGCCGCUGGAAACCAGCGAGAAGCUGGAGCCGCAGAGGUAAAAUCAUUUUGUUUCUUGCUACUGCACCAAAAUGGACUUCUGGUGGAAAUGCGGUAGUGAUUCAUGUGUUAUGACUAUGAGUUUUGAAAAAGAUGAUUGCGAUUCGCAAUGUCGAUGCAACACAGGCACCUCCCCCACCUUCACCAAGGCGGUCCUACCCUCCCCGACAACGUUCCGUUCCAGGAAUUCCCGCGUCCGGACCUGACGGUCUUACGCGGCCGGCACGAGGCUGCCAGACCCCGGACGGGGGCACAGAUGCUCGACGGGCUCCGAACGCCCGCAGAAUUGAGAAUAAACGAGCAAACGCACGUUCUACCGCAUGCAGAAAACCCGUUUGGCAAGAGGAUAGGCUGAAGGAGGUUGGUUCUACAUGUAGAAGUAAUUUAUCAUGUAAUGAACUUAGAGCAAAAA